UUUUAUUUUUUGUCUGCAUAUAAUUUGCGCACACCGAUUUUUAUAAGUUUCAUUUAGGAAUUACUUAACCAUAAGAUCAACAAGAGAGUAACAUUAAGAUGGCUGCAUCCAUAAAUGGUGUUUUUCCUACAACUUUGCAAGAAAAGAUUAAAAGUUCUAAAUUAUUGGUAGUGGGCGCAGGUGGUAUAGGUUGCGAAAUAUUAAAGAAUUUGGUUCUUUCCGGAUUUCCAUAUAUUGAGAUUAUUGAUUUGGAUACAAUCGAUUUAAGUAAUUUGAAUCGUCAAUUUUUAUUUCAUCGUGAGCACGUCGGCAAAUCAAAAGCUCAAGUAGCACGUGAAAGUGCCUUACAAUUUAAUCCGGAUGUGAAAAUCAAAGCCUAUCAUGACAGCAUUAUAGGGACGGAUUACGGCGUGAAUUUCUUUCAAAAUUUUGAUGUAGUGCUUAAUGCUUUAGAUAAUAGGGCAGCUCGUAAUCACGUCAAUCGUAUGUGUUUAAAUGCACAUGUGCCCUUGAUUGAGAGUGGUACAGCCGGUUAUAAUGGCCAAGUAGAAAUGAUUAAAAAAGGCUUAACACAAUGUUACGAGUGUACACCGAAAGCAACUCAAAAAAGUUUUCCUGGCUGCACUAUACGCAAUACCCCAUCUGAACUAAUUCAUUGCAUAGUAUGGGCUAAACAUCUUUUUAAUCAACUUUUUGGCGAAACUGAUGACGAUGAAGAUAUUUCACCUGAUGUAGCUGAUCCCGAAGCUCAGGGUGAAUCACCCAAUUCGCAUAAUGAUGGUGGAGGCGCGCAGGCAAGUGGUGAUGAUGUAUCCCAAGCGGGUAAUGUAGUGCGAGUUAAUACAAGGCAGUGGGCCAAAGAUAAUAAUUAUGAUCCCGAAACCUUAUUUAACAAAUUUUUUAACGACGACAUCAAGUAUUUGUUAUCUAUGUCGAAUCUUUGGAAGACCCGUAAACCGCCAAGACCCAUUCAAUGGAAUAAUGCGUUAUUAAGACAAGAUAAGGCGAAUUGCGAGCAUCAAUUCAUGCGUCAGUAUCAUAAAAUAUGGUCAUUGGCAGAGUGUGCCGCAGUUUUCGAGGAUUGUCUCAAGAAGUUGCGUACCAAUGUGGAAAACUUAGUGGAGGGUGACUUUCUGGUUUGGGAUAAAGACGACCAACCAGCCAUGGAUUUUGUCGCUGCUUGUGCAAGUGUGCGUGCUUAUAUUUUUGAAAUUGCGCGUAAAUCACGGUUUGAAGUGAAAUCAAUGGCUGGAAACAUAAUUCCUGCUAUAGCUACCACGAAUGCGAUUACAGCUGGUAUUGUAGUCCUUCAAACAAUUAAAAUUUUACUAAAGGAUUUUAAUAAAUGUAAAUCGGUGUAUAUGCGUUUGCGUCAAAAUCCCCGGCAGCAAUUGCUCGUACCUGAGAAGGUUCUUUCGACUCCAAAUCCUAAUUGCUAUGUUUGUGCCGCUGAGCCAGCUAUUCAUUUACGCGUCGACACUAAACGCAUGCGUAUUAAAGAAUUGCGCGAUGAGGUUCUCAAAAAAACAAUCAAUAUGAUUAAUCCUGACGUACUUAUCGACAGCAAAGGUGUAGUUGUCAUCUCGUCGGAAGAAGCAGAAACCGAAUGCAAUGAGGAGAAAUUUCUGAAUGAAUUGGACAUCGUUGACGGCGUCAUUUUGAAAUGUGAUGAUUUUUUCCAGAACUAUGAACUUAAUAUAAUCAUUAUACAUACUGACGCCGAACGUGAAUGUCCCCUAUUUGAAGUUGUAGCUAAUAAAGAUCAACUUAAGCCAAAAGAGGAAACUGUAUCGAAUAAAAAAGAAAAUAUGGCAGACGGCCCUUCUACAUCAAAAAAAACUCGUUUAAAUCAAACCAUCGAAUUUAGCGAUGAUGAUGAUUUAUGCAUAGUCGAGGAAGAAGAUGAAUGCGUUAAAGGUCAGACUAAGGAUGUUUGUGUACAAACUUCAGAAACGGAAAUGGUAACUAAAAACACAAAUAUGCUGCGUAUAACAUUAUCUAACCAAGAUGAACCCAUGCCAACGGUCAAACGUAAAACUACAGUCGUAGAUAUUAUUGACGAUGACGUCACCGAAAUACUCGACUCAGACGAGGAACUCGGCCCAACCAAAAUUAAACGCAUUCGAGUCGCUGAGCCACAAUCAAAUCACGGUAGCGAAAAUAUUAUUAAUAUCGAUUGAAUUAAUCGUUUGUUUAUUCAUUUUCAUCCCAUAAAAACGUAUGUAGACAGUAAGUGAAAAGUUUUUUUUUUUUUUUUCAUAAAAUAUCGUUUGUAACAUUUCUGACACAAACAGAAAUAAAGAAUUGAAAAAGUAAUGAAUCAGCAUCAUGUAAUCAUUGAAGUGUUCGCGCCUAAAUAGUUAUUUAUAUGAAUCGCUCUACUAUUACUAAAUACCACACUUUUUUAUUCAUCAUUACUUUUUGCAUUUACAAAUGAUAUAUCGUUUUACUUCUCAAAGAGUUUGCAUGAACAUAGAAAAGGUUCCAUUCAUUUGCAAGA